AUGGCAGCUACAAUGGAUUUGUGGAGUAGCACAGCUCUGGAACUUUACUCAGACCCCUUUAGGGGUGGUGAGCUCAUGGAAGCACUUGAGCCUUUUAUCAAAAGUGCUUUCCCAACACCAUCUUCUUCUUCUUCACCCUCAAAUUCUUCUUUAGUGACACAAAAUACCCCCCACCAAGAUCUCAACUUUUCUUCUUCCUAUUCUUCAACCCCUUUUUCUUCUACCUCCUCUUCUUACCCCUACAGUUCCUGCAAUUUCUCACCUUCAAUUUCUGCAUCACAGACCCACAUGUACCCAGAUGGCUGCUCCACCUCGACAACCAAGUUCUUUUCCCAAGGGUUUUCGGGUCAUGACCCAUUUGGUCUUGAGCAACCGGGUUCUAUUGGGCUCAACCACCUAACCCCAGACCAGAUCCACCAGAUCCAAGCCCAACUCAACUUUCAACAGCAGCAACAGAUGAUGCCAGCCCAAUGGCCUCAGAACCAGCAGACCCUGAACUUCCUUAGCCCAAAGCCUAUCCCAAUGAAGCAGGCGGGCUCACCCACGAAGCCCACCAAGCUCUACAGAGGGGUGAGGCAACGUCACUGGGGGAAAUGGGUAGCUGAGAUCCGUCUACCCAAGAACCGGACCCGACUCUGGCUCGGCACCUUCGACACAGCCGAAGAGGCAGCUUUGGCCUACGACAAGGCCGCUUACAAGCUUAGAGGCGACUUUGCAAGGCUCAACUUCCCCCACCUCCGCCACAGUGGGUCCCACAUCGGCGGCGACUUCGGAGAGUACAAGCCUCUUCAUUCCACAGUUGAUGCUAAGCUACAAGCCAUUUGUCAAAGCUUGGCUCAAGGGAAGAGUAUAGACUCCUCCAAGAAGUCAAAAGGGGCGGCUGUUAAGCGGAAGAAAGUGUCGGUUUCGGAGCAAUCGGCGGCGACGGCGGCGGAGGAGGAGGAAAAGGUGGUAGUGGUGGAGAUAGGAUCCGACAGUGACGGGUCGAGCGGAUCAAGCGGUUCACCCGUUUCGGAUCUUACUUUCCCGGAUAUUUUGGAGGAGUGCACAUGGGACAUGGUAUGGUCGGAGAAUUUCUUACAGAAGUACCCAUCUAAUGAGAUUGAUUGGGCUUCAAUAUAA